AUGGGGGCCAAAGUUCCGCGAAACUUCCGGCUGUUGGAGGAGUUGGAGAAGGGAGAGAAGGGACUGGGUGCCGAGGCAUGUUCUUAUGGCCUUGAUGAUGGAGAGGACAUGAUGAUGAGUAACUGGAACGGCACGAUCCUCGGCCCCCCUCAUGUCUGUCUGCCCUCGACCUCUUAUUCGACUGUCGUCGUUAAGAUCCAUUGCGGUCCCGAAUAUCCCGAUAGCCCCCCGACCAUCCAGUUCAUCUCUCGCGUCAACAUUCCCUGCGUCGAUCAGCAAACAGGAAAGGUGGAUCCAACGAAGCUCCCCUGUCUGGCCCAGUGGAAGCGGGAUUACAACAUGGAGAUAAUUUUGAUUGAGUUGAGGAGAUACAUGGCCUUGCCCCAGCACAAGAAGAUGCAGCAGCCUCCCGAGGGUGAGACUUUCUGA